AUGGAGACCCUUGCUAUCUCCCUCUUCUUCCUUUCUCCUUUGAUCGGGUCCGUUUGGGCUCAAGAUGGCGGCUCUCCCACCGUCAAGCUCCCCGGCUCCGAAAUCCAGGGUAUGUCACUUGAGGGCUUCGAGACCUUCAACGGCAUCCCGUUCGCCGAGUCCCCGGCCGGUACAAAUCGAUUGAGAAGGCCUGUUAGAAGAACAGAGCCAUUGGGUCAGUUUGACGCCUCCGGAAAGGGACCCAUCUGCCAUGAAGGGUACAUCGAGCCGAACCCAACAGACUACCCAUGGCACAAGGAUCUCCUCAAACACGCGUAUGUCGAGCGUUAUAACACAAGCACGAAGGAGGACGGCCCUGUCCGACAACACCUGUCAACGGAGGACUGCCUGACCAUCUCGGUCACCCGUCCGGCGGGCACCAAGGCGGGAGACAAGCUGCCGGUCAUGUUCUUGAUCCACGGCUACGGGUUCGUCAUGGGAUCCCCCGAGCCCUACGACAGGACCGGCUUCUUCAAGUUCGGCGUCGACAACCACCAUCCAUUCAUCUUCGUUACGGCCAACUACCGUGUCGGUGCCUGGGGUUUCCUGCCUGGCAACGAGAGCGCCUACAGCGAUGCGACCAAUCUGGGCCUCUACGAUCAGCGGAUGGCCAUGGAGUGGACGUCGGACAACAUCGAGGCCUUUGGCGGCGAUCCGGGCAAGAUCACGCUCUUCGGUCAUGCCGCUGGUGGUGUUUCCGUCUUCUCCCACCUUGUCAUCAACGAUGGCAACAUCACAUACAACGGCAGAGAGCUCUUCCACGGCGUCAUCAUGAGCUCUGGCAGUCUCAUGCCUGCCAACGCUGCCGACUCGGUGAGAGCCCAGCUGACCUACGACUCCAUCUCCGCGGCUGCUGGAUGCGACGUCGCAAUGGACUCGAUGAAGUGCUUGCGAGGCCUGUCUGACCUGGACUUCUGGGUGGCCAGCAACUCCAUCCCCGGCAUCAACGCCGUCGAAGCCUUUAGGCUCUUAUUUGUCCCGCGGCCUGAUGGCAAGCUGCUCCGUGACAGCCCUGAAGAGCUGAUCAAGCAGGGCAAGUUCGCGCAAGUACCCAUGAUUCUGGGCAACCAGGAAGAUGAAGCCGCCCUUUUCACACUGAAUCACGAGCUGCUCGAGAACAAGGCGAGUCAUCAGCUCUGGGGCCACCUCCAAAACUACUACUUCUACCAAUUCACCCAGGACAAUGUAACGGCAUUCCGAGAAUGGACGUAUCUCUACCCGGACCAGCCAAAGGACGGCAGUCCGUUCCGCACUGGCGAAUUCUUCGAGACGUGGCUCGGCCGGAAGCAGGUCACCUCCACAAUGGGCGACAUCUUCUUCAGCUUCCCGCGCCGCAUCGCGAUGCACUUGAUCGCUGAAGCUGAUCCCUCCGUGCCCAUGUGGGGAUACAUGGACUCGCACAACCACGGCGACAUGAGCAUCCACGAGGGACUCGUCGGGACCACGCACGGCUCCUUCUUGGACUCGGUCUUUGCCCAGGGCAUAUAUGCUACGGCGCCGUCGUCUUAUAGCACACGCGCGCACUUGAUCAACUUCAUGUACAGCCAGAAUCCCAACAAGGGCAUUGAGAGCUUGACGCACUGGCCGCAGUGGACGUUGGACCUGCCGCGGCUACUCUGGAUCAACAGGAAGCACAACGCUUAUGUCCAGGACAAUGAGCGGAAGAGAAUCUUUGAUCAUCUCAAGGGCAAGGUGGCAUGGAUCAGGUUGUAG